AUGGGUCUUUUAUCAAACUUAGAUUGGGAUUCUUUAUUCUCAUACCAAACAAUCAAGAUUGUUAGAAUCAGAGAUAGAAGAUUGGGAAUACUUCAUUUAUCAUUCUUAGUAGCAAUUAUUUUAUAUAUUUUAAUCUUUACCAUUCUAUUACAGAAGAAAUAUUUGGCAAUAGAAUCCCCAAUUGGUUCAAUCCGUACAUCGUUAAUGGCUCCUCAAAAUAGAGCAGGUAAUUUAUCAUAUUGUUCACAAACACAACCUUCAUUUAAUGGAUAUGAAAACAAACCAUGUAGAUGGUGGGAUGAGUAUUUAGUGCUAUAUCCCCCAUCAGAGGAAAGUGCAAUGUUCAUUUCAACUAGAGUCACACAAGAAAACCAAACAACUGUAAACAAUUGCGAUUUAUCAACACCAUCAUGCGUUUAUACUACCAAUUCAUCAAUUGAAUUUUAUGUCGCAAAUGUAGAAGAUUUUACAAUUCUUUUAGAUCACACAUUAUCAGCACCAACUUUGGGUAUUCAAUAUAACGCUUUUCAAUUGAAUGGCGAACUUUUAGGACCAGAUGGCAACCCAAUUACAUUGCCAGCACCCAAUGUAGUCGGCAUUAAAAACCAACCUGAUAUUUUAACACUUCAAGGUAUUUUAACAGCAGCAGGUAUUGGAUCAUUGGAUCAACAGGCUUUGGCAAAUACCUCACGUUCUAUUCGUGAUGAUGGAAUACUCUUAUUAUGUUUUAUUACCUAUAGUAACAUGUACACAUAUAGCACAGCAAACUACCAUUACACCUAUCAAUUUAAAUUGGUUCAAGAUACAAAAUUCAAAGUUGAGGAGCCAGUUUUCCUCGAUAAUGUAAUCCACAGAAUUAUUUUAGAUCGUCAUGGUGUUCGUAUUAUAUUUAUUCAAACUGGUCAAUUGGGUCAAUUCGAUUUCCAAACCACUCUUUUAACCUUUGUUUCUGGUAUUGGUCUAGUUACUGUCGCUACCUUUGUUGUAGAUUUUAUAGCCGUUCGUUUACUCCCUCAAAAAGAAAGAUACACCGAGUUAAAAUAUCAAGACUCUCAAGUAAAUAUCAUUGAUGAGGAUCAACAGCCCACAAACAAUGACUCUGAUGAUGACGAUGAUGACAAUAUAAAAAAGUCGCUGAUAGACAACGAUCAUUAUCAAAGGAGGCCAACCAACCAAAAUCAAUAA